AUGGAAGUCCUCGAGGAUUGGGAGGUCCAGUAUGGCCCUCACAGAUUUGGUUACAAGGACCUAUUCAUUGCUACAAAGGGUUUCAAAGACAGAGAACUCCUUGGGCGGGGAGGUUUUGGUAGAGUAUACCGAGGUGUGCUUCCAACAUCAAACAUACAGGUUGCAGUUAAACGGGUUGCUCAUGAUUCAAGGCAAGGAUUGAGGGAAUUUGUGGCAGAAAUUGCUACCAUGGGCCGCCAACAGCACCCAAACCUAGUCCGCCUUCUUGGCUACUGCCGGCGUAAACAAGAACUCCUUCUGGUUUACGAUUACAUGCCCAAUGGAAGUCUUGACAGGUUUCUUUAUGGCCAGCUCAAGGGGACCCUAAAUUGGAUGCAAAGGUUUAAGAUCAUCAAAGACAUAGCGUCAGGCGUCUUCUAUUUGCACCAACAAUGGGUACAAGUUAUCAUUAAAUUUUAG